AUGUCAUUGUGAAUGUAUUCAAUAACUAAGUUUCUUUCUCUCUCCAUUCCUUCAUUGCUAUGUCACUGUUUCCCUGAAUAAUGAAUCAUCAGACCGUUGCAUGGGGGACUCAGGAUGGUACCAGGCAGAUAAAACCUCGGCGUUGACCGUGGAGAAGCUUGUGGAAAAACUGCGUAGAAAAUCUAAUGGAUGAAGAUGAGAAAGACAGGGCAAAGAGAGCUUCUCGAAACAAGUCUGAGAAGAAGCGUCGGGACCAGUUCAAUGUUCUCAUCAAAGAGCUUAGCUCCAUGCUCCCUGGCAACACGCGGAAAAUGGACAAAACCACCGUGCUGGAAAAGGUCAUUGGAUUUUUACAGAAACACAAUGAAGUCUCAGCGCAAACGGAAAUCUGUGAUAUUCAGCAAGACUGGAAGCCUUCAUUCCUCAGUAAUGAAGAAUUCACCCAGCUGAUGUUGGAGGCGUUAGACGGCUUCAUCAUCGCAGUGACCACGGAUGGCAGCAUCCUCUAUGUUUCAGACAGUAUCACGCCUCUCCUGGGGCAUUUACCGUCAGAUGUCAUGGAUCAGAAUUUGUUAAAUUUUCUUCCAGAACAAGAACAUUCAGAAGUUUAUAAAAUGCUCUCUUCCCAUAUGCUUGUGACAGAUUCCCCCUCCCCAGAAUACUUAAAAUCUGACAACGAUUUAGAGUUUUAUUGCCAUCUUCUCAGAGGCAGCUUGAACCCAAAGGAAUUUCCAACUUAUGAAUACAUAAAAUUUGUAGGAAAUUUUCGCUCUUACAACAAUGUGCCUAGCCCCUCUUGUAAUGGCUUUGACGGCACCCUUUCAAGGCCCUGCCGGCUGCCGCUGGGAAAGGAGGUCUGCUUCAUCGCCACAGUUCGUCUGGCAACACCACAGUUCUUAAAGGAAAUGUGCAUAGUUGACGAACCUUUAGAGGAAUUCACUUCAAGGCAUAGCUUGGAAUGGAAAUUUUUAUUUCUGGAUCACAGAGCCCCUCCGAUCAUAGGAUACCUGCCUUUUGAAGUUUUGGGGACCUCAGGCUAUGACUACUACCACAUUGACGAUCUGGAGCUCCUGGCCAGGUGCCAUCAGCACUUGAUGCAGUUUGGUAAAGGGAAGUCCUGUUGCUACCGGUUCCUCACCAAAGGCCAGCAGUGGAUUUGGCUGCAGACGCAUUACUACAUCACUUACCACCAGUGGAACUCCAAGCCCGAGUUCAUCGUGUGCACGCACUCGGUCGUCAGUUACGCGGAUGUCCGGGUAGAAAGGAGGCAGGAGCUGGCUUUGGAAGACCCACCACCCGAGGCCAUCCACCCUUCAGCACUCAAGGACAAGGGCUCCAGCCUGGACCCUCAGCAGCACUUUAACGCACUUGACGCAGGCACCUUGGGCCUUAACACCAGUCAUUCACCAUCAGUGUCCUCCAGAAGCUCCCACAAAUCCUCACACACGGCCAUGUCAGAACCCGCCUCUGCCCCAAGCAAGCUGAUGGCAGAGGCCAGCACCACGGCUUUGCCGAGACCAGCCACCCUGCCCCAAGAGCUCCCCGUGCCAGGGCUCAGCCAGGCAGCCACAAUGCCGGCUCCCCUGCCUGCCCCGUCAUCCUGUGACCUCACACAGCAGCUCCUGCCUCAGACCAUUUUGCAGAACCCACCUGCCCCCAUGACACAGUUCUCAGCACAGUUCAGCAUGUUCCAGACCAUCAAAGACCAGCUAGAGCAGCGGACACGGAUCCUGCAAGCUAACAUCCGGUGGCAGCAGGAGGAGCUCCACAAGAUCCAGGAGCAGCUCUGCCUGGUCCAGGACUCCAAUAUCCAGAUGUUCCUGCAGCAGCCAGCUGUUUCCCUGAGCUUCAGCAGCGCAACGCGGCCUGAGGCUCAGCAGCAACUCCAGCAGAGGUCAGCCCCAGCCUCCCAGCCCCAGCUUGUGGCCAGCCCUCAACUCCCAGGGCAGAUUGCCUCUGCCCAGGUGGCAAACCAGCACCUGCUCAGAGAAUCAAGUGUGAUAUCAACCCAGGGUCCACGGCCAAUGAGAAGCUCACAGAUGAUGCAGGGAAGUGGCCACUCAGUGAGCAGCUUGACGCCCCAGUUCAGCAGCACCACGGCUGUGCUCCCACCAGCUCUGAGCCUGACCACGCUUGCUUCUGCCUCCCAGGAUGGCAGCCAGUGCCAGCCCAGCCCAGACUUUGGUCAUGAUCGGCAGCUCAGGCUAUUGCUGAGCCAGCCCAUCCAGCCCAUGAUGCCUGGGUCCUGUGAUGCGAGGCAGCCCUCAGAGGUCAGCAGGACUGGACGGCAAGUCAAGUAUCCGCAGAGCCAGGCCGUGUUUCAAAAUGCAGACAUGCACACCACCAGCAGCAGCACCUCGCCCCCCGUCCUGCUGAUGGGACAGGCGGUGCCUCAGCCCAGCUUCCCCGCCGCCGCCUCCAGGCAGUCACCCCUGCAGCCCGCACAGGCCCCGCAGCAGGCACAGCACUUCCUGCAGGUACAGGCACCGACCUCUUUGCACAGUGAGCAGCAGGACUCCCUACUUCUCUCCACCUACUCGCAACCGCCAGGGACCCUGGGCUACCCACCCCCACCCCAGCCCCCACGCCCACCCCGAAGGGUCAGCAGCCUGUCUGAGUCCUCGGGCCUCCAGCAGCCGCCCCGGUAGUGCCCUGGCACCUCAGUCGGGUCACAAUCAGCUUUAACCAAUGGACGGACAAUGGGAGUGGCCACAGGAGUGGGGGAGAGGAGUUUUAAACCCUUGGCUUUUAUGCACACUGCAUACAUUUCAGAACUCCUGGAUGGUAACCUUCUCCGGAGCAUAGCAGCUGGCAUGUGACACAUGAUCAGAGUACUGGCCGUAUUUCCCUUGCCUGUGUGUUUCUCGGGCACACUCUACAGCCAUACUCGGAUGGGAACCGAGUGCCCCCGCGUAAGUGUCGUUACUCAGUUGACUUAGCAGGUGGCACGGCUCGCUGCGUCCUCCUGAGAGAGCGCACUGGUCCCUCUAGCCGGCACGCUUGCUAGCUGGCCUUCACUCUCUUGACCCUCUUUUCUUUGCAUUCGAGAAGCACUGGGUCAGAGAUCUGUUGAAGAGAGAGAAUAAAGAGAUUAUUUUUCAUUAUUUUUAAAUGGUUGUUUUUGUUUUAAUUUGCACAGCUGCACAGAGGAGAUAACUUAGGCACUUUCAGGUUUUAAAAAUAAUAAGGUCUCCUGACUUCAUUUGGAGACCGCAGUAACAAAACCAGCCCACCAAUCAGAUGGCAGAGCUGGUCAUUCUUCACCAGGCUGCAGACCCACACCCUCUGGCCUAAAACCUAAUGGAAGGAGGUUCUUCACCCCAUGCCCGUUCUGGUGAUUAUUGUUUCCCCUAAAUAUAACACUGGACUGUUCCUGUUUACUUGGUUGAUUGCAACUACAAAGGCCGACUCAAAGCAAAGCACAAUCAUGCAGCUGAUGUUCCGGAAUUCUGUCGGGAACUAUGAGACUUUGGAGGAAGAGGUUCCACAAGCCAGACAGGCCUGUGGAGCCCCAGGUCCCCGAGGAGACCCCACCACGCACCGGCCCCUUGAGUCAGAAUGCUGCAUCUUUCUACAGAUCUUUCAUGAUAAGACCGAGGAUUGGAUUCUCCUUUUCAAAAUGCACUUUGCUUUUUUUUGUAUGUUUUGUUAUGUUGAGAUGUUUCUAAAGAAAAAGGUUUUAUGUAAAAGACGAAGUGUAGUGAACUGUACAGCUGUUGUAAUAAUGACCUAUUUCUAUAUAAAAUAAAAUUGUAUGGAUUAUGUGUAAAUUAUUUUGUAUCUGAGACGCCAGUUCCUUUCCCAAAUAUAAAAGUAUAAAAGUUUUCCUGUGUUUUUCUGUGAGUGGAAAUUUUGUAAUAAAUUAACGAAUUUGUACAAUU